ACCCUAACUCAAAAGCCUAACUUUUGUUAAUUCAUCUCACCGCUUCUCUUUUCUUACAUGCUCGCCUAUAUCUGCAUCCAAAACCACACCCACCAAGCCAUGCAACCGUUCUGAAACUGAUGCUAAGCUAGUAAGCUCGGACCUUGGAGCCUCAUCAGAGCUAGCUAAUCAUGGCCGACUCGAUCCAUACGCCCCAUCAAGGCCAAACCAAAGAAGAAUACACGGACCUAAAGCCUCUCAUCGAAACAUACCACAACUUCGCACCGAUCCCCAACACAUGCACUUCCCUAAUAUCGCAACGCAUCGACGCCCCGGCUCAUGCUGUAUGGCCAUUGGUCCGAAGCUUCGAAAACCCUAAAAGAUACAAGAACUUCGUCAAGAGCUGCAACAUGACCGCCGGAGACGGCGGCGUGGGGAGCAUAAGGGAAGUCACCGUCGUCUCGGGCCUUCCAGCGUCGACGAGCACGGAGAGGCUAGAGAUUUUGGAGGAUGAGAAGAGAAUAUUGAGCUUUAGGGUUGGCGGAGAGCAUAGGUUGAGGAACUACAGGUCGGUGACGUCGGUAAAAGAGUAUCGUAAGGAAGGGAAAGCUUACACAAUUGUUUUGGAGUCUUACAUCGUGGAUAUACCAGAAGGGAACACCGGUGAAGAAACCAAAAUGUUUGCGGAUACAGUUGUGAAAUUGAAUCUGCAGAAGCUUGGAGACACAGCAAUGGCUUCUUUUCACGUACAUGAUUAACAUAU